AUGAAGAGAAAGGCUGAAGGUACUCUCAAAGAAGCAAUCAACUUGAAGAGGAAGCUUGCUUUUGAAUCAAGUCAACGGGCUCCAACACCUUUUGUUGGUGUUGGAUGUAAAUGUGAUGAGCUGAAAGAGGAGGUGAAAGAGCUAAAAAUAGAGUUGAAGAAGGAGCUGAAAGAGCUAAAAAUAGAGCUCAUCAAAGAGCUAAAAAUCACAAUCAAAGAAACUCAACAAACUCACCGAGAUUCUCUGAAGAAGAUGAUUUUUAGUAUGUUCCAACAUUUAUUAGAUAAAUCCAACAAAAGGAUGGUGAAGGAUUCUAAGGAUGUGAAGGUCGAAGAAUUCGAAGAGGAGAACAGAAAGGUUGACCAGAAUAAGGAGAAGACUGAGGUGAAGGUCGAAGAAAUCGAAGAGGAGAAGAGCAAGGUUGACCAGAAUGAGGAAAAGACCGAGGUGAAGGAUUCUAAGGAUGUGAAGGUUGAAGAAUUCGAAGAGGAGAAGAGCAAGGAUGAGAAGAUCGAUAUUGUGGAUGAUGUGGCUGUGGAGGAUGAUGAGAAGAUGGAUGUUGUGGAUGAUGUGGCUGUGGAGGAUGAUGAGAAGAUGGAUGUUGUGGAUAAUCUGAAAGUGAAGGUGAAGGAUCUGAAAGUGAAGAUGAAUGAUGAGGAGAGUGUGGAUGUGAGGAAGGAUGUGAAAGUGAAGGAUGUGAUGAUGCAAAAAGUAAUUGAGAGUAAGAAGAAGAAGGUUGAAGAUGACAAUGAUGAUUUCAAGCUAUACAAUACUCCUCCUAAAGGAAAAUUUGGGAGGAGAGUGAGGAAGCCGAAAAAAGAUGAAUCGUACAUCAACCCUUCUUUGUCAAAACUGCAAAGACAAAUGAUCAAAUAA